AUGCGCUUCACCUCACUUGCUGUAUUCUUUGCAGUUGCUCUUGUAGCAUCAGUGACAGCGUCCUUCGUGAGAAGAGACAAUGUGGAUGUGCCCAGCCUCAGCAGAGCCAGUGCUCGUGCCAACAAGUUCAACAGACCCAAACUUGCUCGUGCCAAUCUGCUCCAGUACAACAACAAGCUCCAUCCUGCUCUUGCGCUCAACCACAACAGAUUCAAGCAGUUCAGGUUCAAUCUUCAACAAUGCAAUGUUGCCUGCGAAGCUCCAACCACUACAACUUCUGCUCCACAAGUGAUUCAAAUCCAGCUCGAGAUCCAACAAUCUCAAGCUCAAUGUCAGCCAGCUUGCCAACAACAAUGCCAGUCAACCUGUGUCCAGCAACAACAACCAUCCAACCAAUGUGCAACCGCCUGUGAUACUCAAUGCUCGAAUGUCUGCCAACAAACAGCUCAAGCCACCCAACAAGUCAUCUAUGGACAGAAUACCAACACCCAGAUGUAUGACCCAUACAACAAUCUAGGAAAUCAACAACAGUGCGCUCCAGCAUGUCAACCAGCUUGUGAAAACUCCUGCAUUCAGCAAACUGCUGCUCCAGUGUAUAACCCAACCACAACUGCUGCUCCACAAGUUGUCCAAAUUGUGCUCCAAGCCUCUGUUGCUCAAUCUGCUCAGUGUGCUCCACAGUGUGAGCAAUCCUGCCAACAACAAUGCGUCCAACAACAACCAGUUUCUCAAUGUCAAACUGCUUGCCAAUCAUCUUGCUCCACAUCCUGUCAGGCUGCUCAACCAGCUACAGUUGCUUGCCAACAAGCUCCACAAACCAAUCAGUGCUCAUGUCAAGCCAAUUAUUCUCCAUGUAGAAACGGACAAUGCUGCCGCAGAAAAUAA